AUGGGAUUUCAAGCACUUUUAAUAGUCUUAUCAACAAUAGCCAUCUUAUUAUUGAUUCCACCAUUCAUAUGGCAUUGUAAAACUAAAAACAUUCCAGCCAUAACGCUGAUCGUCUGGUUAUUAUCAAUGGAUAUUAAAAUCUUUGUUGAUGCGAUAAUAUGGGGGACAGAGGAUUUUGCUAAUAGAUAUAAUGGUCAUGGUUAUUGUGAUGUUAUGGUCAAAUUAGAAGUUGGUGCAAAUGUUGGUAUAAGUUCUUCAGUUGCCUGUAUCAUGUACAAUUUAUAUUGUAUUUUGAAAGCUGAUAAAGUUUUGCCUGGAUUAACAAGUUUUAAAAAAAUUGUUACAGAUUUAUCAAUUAGUUUAUUAUCACCAGUUUUGGUUAUGGCUUGUAAUUAUGUUAUUCAAGUUAGAAGAUAUACUAUUUUCCAAUAUUCAGGUUGUCAAACAGCUCUAUCCUUCACAUGGCUUACAAUCAUAUUAUAUACAUUAUGGAUGGUUAUUUGGUCUUUAGUUGGUGUUAUAUUUGCGAUUUUAAUCAUUGUUAAAUUCUUCCAAAAAAGAAAAGAUGUUAGAGAUAUUUUAAAAUGUACAAAUUCAGGAUUAAAUUUAGCAAGAUUUGCAAAAUUAUUAAUCUUUUGCAUUAUUGUUAUAUUGGUUAUGUUUCCAUUUUCAUUAUAUGUUUUCACUGAUGAUUUAGGUAAUGUUUCACCACAUUUCAAUUUUAGUGAAUAUCAUUCAAGUGUUUUUUGGGAUGCAGUUAUUUACCUACCAUUUAAGGCACCAUAUUAUGUCACAUGGGUUUAUUUAUCAGUUUCUUAUGCAGUUUUCAUCUUUUUCGGAUUAGGUUCAGAUGCUAUUGAAAUGUAUUUAGAAAUUUUAUCCAAAAUUGGAUUUGGUCCAUUAAUU